AUGUCAAAUUUACUUGAUAUUACAAAUAUACUCAGUGAAAAUAGCACUCAGACUUUUGAACAGUGGUCGGAACAAAUUCCAGACUCAGCAUUUAGUCACUUCACCCACCCCGAUAAUCUCGACCACUUUACUAUUUGUGUGAGCAGCAUCAAUGCUACUAACAAUACAGUUUUGGACUCUAUAUUGUUGUCAACAUUGGAGAACGCUACUGCUUGGUUAGAAGCAGCAGAAGCGCAUAUGCUAGCAUUAGAUGAAAUUGACGAGGAAACAAAUGAAGGUGCCGACACAUAUAGGGACGCAGAUAACUCAUCCAGUUUUGAAGCUUCUCCGACUUUUGCGUACAGUACGCUUCUCCGCUCACCCUUGGUUACAACCACCUUAGAACCUCUUAGGCUUGACAAACGAUUACGCAGUCCCUGUGGAUGGUGGUGCGGAAGCGUUAGACAUUGUCGAGGAAGUACCUUAUCUGGCUGCCGCAAUUGUAAUGCUUAUGGUAAUCAUAGUCACAGGAAAAGAUGCGCUUAG